UUUAUUUUUGGUCAUCCUGCAUAAAAAUGGUGGUCUUUGAUUGUUGGAUAUUGCAUGAUAUGCCGUUAAUUCAGGUACAUGGUCUGCAUAACAAACUUUACAUUCUCCCACAAAUUUCUGCUCCAAAUAUAGCUAAUAAAAGAAAAUAACCACUAAAAUUUUCAAAUCUAAAAAUGUAACAUAACCUCACACUUUCUCUCCCCUGCUCCUCUUUGUCUUGUCCUCUUUCUUUCUAAGAUAACACAAAGAGGACGAGGUCAGGAUCUGGGUCUAGUUUUUUUUUCCAUAAACCUUGGUCAUGAUCUUCAGCCUUUGAAUUCUUCUCUUCUUUAUCCAAUUGCUGACAGCCACCUGAGUGUAGUAAGAAACAAAAAAAAGAUUAAAAAGAAAGGAUCUUUAUAGUUAAAUUCUUGACCCAUUUCGGUUUUAUUGAUUUUGAGUUGAUUAAGGGUUGAAAGCUCUAAUCUUUUUAUAUUAUGGCUAAGAGAACAUUCAAGAAUUUUGUGGAACAAGAACUAGGAAAGUUCCCACAUUUUCUGAUAUAUGCUGUGCUAGAAUGGGUGUUAAUAUUCAUGCUUUUUGUCGAUGGAUUUCUUGCGUUUUUCACCAACGAAUUUGCCAGAUUCUUCGAACUGAAAAUUCCGUGUUUGCUAUGCACACGGAUUGAUCAUGUUCUUGUACAUAGAACUCCUGAUUUUUAUUACAAUGAUUCUAUUUGUGAAUCUCACAAGAAAGAUGUUUCUUGUUUAGCUUUUUGUCACAACCAUAAGAAGCUUUCUGAUAUAAACAAAAUGUGCGAAAGUUGUCUUCUUUCUUUUGCCACCGAAAAAUCAUCGGAUUGCCAUACGUAUAAGUCUCUCGUUGGGAUUUUGCAUAAAGACAUUGAGCUAUUUGUCGACAAUGAUCAAGAUCAUCAUGUAACACUGUCUUCUGGAAGGAGAGAUGAGAUGCCGCAGGCUGAGAAGAUCAGCCUGCAUUGGUGUUCGUGUUGUGGAGAGCCAUUGAAGGCAAAAUCGAAACUUAAGGGUAAGGGAUCAACAAGCUUGACUUCACAGGGUCCUACUCCUUCACCAAGAGCACCAUUUGUGAAUUUGAGGAACGAGGAGCACCGCAAUAUGGUGGACCUGUCGCGUCUUAGAUACGCAGAUCUUAAGUUUCCAGAUAAUGAUUCAGAGCUAAAUGAAGUUGAAGAUGGUCUAAAUUCAUCACAUCUUGCUAGGGUAGAAGUAAAAGCUGCUUCAGUGCCAUUGCUGACAGAAGCGGAAGAAAUACAUGAAGAUAGAACUCCACCAUUUGGAAGAACAAACAAGUUCUUUGGAAUUCCAUUAACAGAUUCAGCUAACGCCAGUCCGAAAUGGGUUACAAGGAUUUCAAGAAAAUCACCACUGGAGAAAACAGAAUCUGCUUCGGAUACUACAGAAGGGAACGCACAUAAUGAAUCAGACCGGGACUUGAUUUUGCACCAUCUAAAGGGACAGGUUAAACUCGACCGGAAGUCGCUGAUGGCUCUGUACAUGGAAUUGGAUGAAGAAAGAAAUGCUUCUGCAAUUGCAGCUAAUAAUGCAAUGGCGAUGAUCACCCGGGUACAGGCGGAGAAAGCAGCAGUACAAAUGGAGGCGUUACAAUAUCAAAGAAUGAUGGAGGAACAGGCAGAGUAUGAUCAAGAAGCUCUGCAAGCAGCAACUGAAUUACUAGGCAAGAGAGAAGAUGAUAUUAGAGCUUUAGAGGCUGAAAUUGAAGAGUAUAGAGCAAAAUAUGGAUUCUUAAGGGAAGAAGAAGAAGGUUUUGAGGAGUCUGGAGAUGAUGAUUACCGCUCUCAAUCCUUCUCGUCAUAUACUGAAAGAUCCGACUAUCUCACCCCAACCUAUUGUUCCAUUGAUGGCGGUACUAAUGGAGAUUUUGUGCAUAUUUCACCAUCUUUGGGUGAAGAGAAUGGAGGAGAGAUCCCUGUCAGAUUACAGAGAGGAGGAAGAGGUGGUUACCUUGGUCGGUUACAAAAUUUGAACAAAAAAGCUCACAUAUUCUCCGACGAUGGGAUUUCUGAUAAUGCUACCCCAGUGGAUGAAGAGACAGUAGGAGAUAGCAAAGUGAUGAGGGAAUUACUGCAUCUUCAUGAACGAGUGAAGGCUCUCGAAGCAGAUGGUGAAAUCUCAAAGAAUGUUAGUCCUGCACCUCAAAAUGAUGGCAACAGAGAAAAACUUUUGACUGAGAUAUGUGAUAAUCUUCACAAGCUUCGUCACUUCAUAUCAUCGCCCUUCGUUGGGGAUGAUAACGAUGCAUGAGUCUCACCUACAUCAUUUUCCCACAUUGAUUAUUAUAGGUUGCUAAGAUUCAAUGUAUAGAUAACACUUUGAAAAGAAACUGUAUGCUGAACUAGUUUUAGCCAAGGUAUGAAAUGCUUACUCAUUUGAGUAUCCGAAGUACCGCAUUGUUUCAUUUUUAAUCAAAUGUUCUUUCCUUCUCUCA